CCCUCCUACUUGCAGAAUCUCCAUUUCCCCCCGCACCAAACCAGCCAAACCACUGGCGCACGCCGAGGAGAGAGAAAGGGGGUGUGCGGGGCGGCGACCGGCCUCCGACGACGCGGGGCGUCGCGGCGUCGUGGCGGUGAAGCGGAUGAGGCUGUGGGAGGAGGAGGACGAUGACGAGGACGAGGAGGGGAUGGAAGUGGACGGGGAGGCGGAAGAUGAGCCGGGGUGGCCGUGUGGGGCGCCGGAGGCGGGGCCCGGCGAAACGAGGCCGGCAGCGAUCCUCGUGGCGGACGCGGCGGAGGUCGACUUCCCCGUCAUCUACGUCAACGCCGCCUUCGAGGCCGCCACGGGGUACCGCGCGCACGAGGUGCUCGGGCGGAACUGAUAUGACAGAGGGCCUAUGCCUAUCGAAGCAUCUCACAAACUGCGUCCACUCAAACUUGUCUUUCAGCCGAUUCCUACAAUUCCGGGAUCCACAUGCCCAAAGGCGACACCCCCUCGUUGAUCCCAUGGUCGUUUCAGAGAUUCGGCGAUGUCUCAGCGAGGGGAUCGAAUUCCAAGGCGAGCUGCUGAAUUUCCGGAAGGACGGUGCUCCACUUCACAACAGAUUAAGGCUCGUUCCUAUGCACGGCGAUGAUGGCUAUGUGACGCAUGUUAUCGGAAUCCAGCUAUUCUCUGAGGCGAACAUCGAUCUCAGCAGCGUAUCUUAUCCGGUGUACAAGCAAAAGUCCAGCAGCAGGCCCAGCAUUCAAGAUCUGAACUCAUCUCCCCACGAGCACGCUCCGAAAAUCCAGAGCGCAGACCACUGCGGCAUGCUUCAGUUGUCAGACGAAGUUCUCGCACACAACAUCCUAUCCCGCCUGUCCCCAAGAGACGUUGCGUCCAUCGGAUCGGUGUGCACCAGAAUGCAUGAGCUGACCAAGAACGAUCACCUGAGGAAGAUGGUCUGCCAGAACGCGUGGGGAAGGGACGUCACCGUGAGGCUGGAGAUGAGCACCAAGAUGGUAGGAUGGGGCCGUCUUGCGAGAGAGCUAACAACUCUCGAGGCCGCCUCAUGGCGGAAGUUCACGGUCGGAGGGCGUGUCGAGCCUUCCCGGUGCAACUUCAGUGCCUGCGCUGUUGGCAACCGGCUUGUCCUGUUCGGAGGGGAAGGCGUGAACAUGCAGCCUAUGGACGACACGUUCGUGCUCAACCUGGAGGCCGCAACGCCGGAGUGGCGGCGCGUCAAGGUUUCUGCCUCCCCGCCCGGCCGGUGGGGGCACACUCUGUCGUGGCUGAACGGGUCGUGGCUGGUAGUGUUCGGAGGCUGCGGGCAGCAAGGUCUGCUCAACGACGUCUUCGUCCUCGACCUCGACGCCCAGCAGCCGACGUGGAGGGAGGUCGCGAGCGAGGGCCCUCCGCUGCCGCGGUCCUGGCACAGCUCAUGUACCCUGGACGGCUCGAAGCUCGUGGUCUCAGGUGGCUGCGCCGAGUCUGGUGUCCUCCUCAGCGACACCUUCCUCCUCGACCUCACCAAGGAGAAGCCUGCGUGGAGGGAGAUCCCUACGUCCUGGUCGCCCCCGUCCCGCCUCGGCCACACCACGUCCGUCUACGGCGCGACCAAGCUGUUCAUGUUCGGUGGGCUGGCGAAGAGCGGCUCGCUCCGGCUGCGCUCCAGCGACGCCUACACGGUGGACGUCAGCGAGGACAGCCCGCAGUGGAGGCAGUUGGCCACGACGACCGGGUUCCCAAACGUCAGUCCGCCGCCGAGGCUCGACCACGUCGCGGUGAGCCUGCCCUGUGGACGGAUCAUCAUAUUCGGGGGCUCCAUCGCGGGGCUCCACUCCCCCGCGCAGCUGUUCCUGAUCGAUCCCGCGGAGGAGAAGCCGAUCUGGAGGAUCCUGAACGUGCCUGGGCAGCCCCCCAAGUUCGCAUGGGGGCACAGCACCUGCGUGGUCGGCGGUACCAGGGUCCUGGUUCUCGGAGGCCACACUGGCGAGGAAUGGAUACUGAACGAGCUGCAUGAGCUCUGCCUGGCAAGCAGGCCCGACGAGGACGGCUGAUGACUUCUUUUCGUUGCACUUGCACACAUAUGGUUCGUUCGUCUCUCUCUGUUUUACGUCCUAUAUAUGCGCGCUAUGUCUUGUUUGUGUAUCAUCUACUUUCAGUCUGUUGCUGCGUCGUGUCGGUCCGUCGGUAUGAGAAAAAAAAAAGCGGAAAUUGAUUUUUUAAAAAUUAGUCUGGAUGAGUUUAGUCUAUUUUAUUGUCAUUGGAGAAGUUCUCUUUCAUCGGUCUAGGAUAAGAUUCUAUGGUCUAUAUGUAUGUAUAUUUUCAUGUCUCAGAAAACACAAAAAAAUUAUUGAAGGUCCAAUGUCUUGUACUCGUAUUUUUGUCUCACGUUUCAAAUCUGUGUAUUAUGAUCUUUUGGAUGUU